AUGGCAAAUCAUCGCUUUAGAAGAGAUAGAUCUGAAGUGAGUUCAGUCAUCAAAUAUCUUGUCUUCUUCUUCAACAUUAUCUUCUGGAUCCUGGGUGGCUUAAUGUUAGCGAUCGGAUUGUGGGCCUGGGUUGAGAAAGAUAUGUUCACCAACAUUAACAAACUUUCACAAAUCCCUCUGGACCCAGCACUUUUCCUAAUUUUAGUCGGUGGGCUGAUUUUUGUAAUCGGGUUUACUGGAUGUAUUGGAGCACUUAGAGAAAAUACUUUUCUCUUGAUGAUUUACUGUGUAUCAGUUGGGAUAAUAUUUUUCUGUGAGAUGGCUGUUGGGAUCAUCGUUUUCAUGUACAAAGACUGGGUGCGUGAAACGGUGAAAGAGCAGUUGAAGUCGAUGAUCGUUCAAUACAGAGAUGACCCUGACCUCCAGAAUCUAAUAGAUUGGGUCCAGGAAGACUGGUUGAAGUGUUGUGGUGUGGAAGGGUACGACGACUGGAACUGGAACGUCUACUUCAACUGCUCGAGUCCGAGUCGAGAAGCCUGCGGCGUGCCGUUUUCGUGCUGUAAGCCUAACAAUAACGAAGCUAUCAAAAACUGGCAAUGUGGAUAUGAUACUAGGAAGGUUGAUAGCAAAGAUAUUUCAGACCAAAUUUACACGACUGGGUGUAUUGAUUCUGGGGAGGUCUGGGUCAACCACAAUCUACUUCCGGUGGCCGGGGUUUUCAUAGGGCUUGCCCUCGUUCAAAUUCUUGGAAUUUGUUUUGCCCAGAAUUUAAGAAGUGAUAUUUUUGCCCAGAAGGCUAGAUGGGAAGAACUGUGA